AUGUCAAAUCCCUUUGAAAUCGCGACUGACGAGUCCUACAACCCAUUUCAGAGUGGCUCUAGCUAUACAGACGCAAAACCCACAACUACAUAUACAGCUCCAGCUGCUGAAUCAAAUUAUAAUAAUCUGCCUAACAAUAAUCCAGGUUACAAGGAUACAACCAUGGGCAUUACAAUCUCAGAGAGCGAAUUAGCCGCAAAGGAAGAGGCUCUAGCUCGCAGAGAAGAAAAGAUCGCUCAAAGAGAACGCGAAAUCGAACUUGCACGUGCCAACGGCAAUCUUGAAUCAUUGAACCCACAUAAGAGGAAUUUCCCAAUGAUUUUAAAGAUCUACAAAUACUACCCAGAGGAAGAAUUACCUAAUGAUGCAGUCAAAAUGGUCCAGCUCUUGAAAUGGACAAUGUACACAUUCACGUUUAUAAUGUUCCUCAAUGCCCUCAUUUCCUUCCUCUCACUUACACCAUGUGCUUCUGAAGAAAUCAAAUCUCCAGCAGCUUCCAUUGUUUUCGCUUGCGUUUACUUCGCUUUUGGUCCACUUGUUUUCACAGAAAUUUGCUUGAUGUUACUCUACGAUUCCCUGAAGAAUAAGAAAGGUGCAAGAUAUUUCUUCUCCAUUAUUACAAUUUUCUUGUAUUUGGCUUUCUGCAUCUACGUUAUUGUCGGUCUUUCUGAUUACGGAUCAUUCGGAUACAUCAUUUCAAUUAAUCUCCUUCGUGCUCCUAAAAAUAAGUGGGUCGGAAUCGUUGCUUUGAUUUUCUCUAUCUUAGGAACACUCCACUGCGUGUUCCUUGGCUGGGUUUGGUGGAUGAUUGUCGUUUACUUCAAGCGCAACAAGAUUUCUGAAUUGGCUGCAAGAGAAGCUGCAGGAUACGCCGCAAACUACGCUGUUGACCACAAGACAGAACUACUCCAGGCUGCUAAAGAUCACCCAGAUGUCGCAGUCAGUGUUGCUCAGACAGCUGGUACUUACACUUAA